AUGUUUGCCUCACCUAUGGACUGGACCACUCCGGAUCGAAGACCCUCUGAGAAUCAGAUGACGGAUGAAUCACCCUCAACACCUCACCGUUUUCUACAACCUCUCUCACCCAGCUCCAGCGACGAUGAUCGUGAACCUAUGCAAUCGAUGGAUCCUUCCAUUCGACAAUUGGCCAACACGCUUUCUAUGUCUACUGUAGAGGAUCAUAUGAACUGGGAGGACUCGGUUACAACCUAUCAUCAUCUUGAUCGCAUGCGCUUCGACCAGAGAGCAAGGAUUCCCUUGAUCACAGUCGAGGGGAGGAUUGUAUCGUACGAUGUUUCGAGCGGAGGAAGGAAUGGGGCCACAACGACAUCGAAUGAUGUGACUCCAGCGGGUCUUCUUCCCGGCUUAGGAGUCGGUGAUUCUUCUAUAUUUCUCAGUGCUUCUUUUUCGACUCAGUACCCGCUAAGUGACAUGAAGAAACGUAAACUCAGCGAUGCGGAGAACGACGAGUUUUCGUCGACUGAUAAUAACGAAAACAAUGCACAAACACCCUCGCUUUUACCUCUUCCUCAAGUGCCUGGGAUAGAAUCAGGCCCAUAUUCCCAUUGUGAUUACCAUCAAAAGCGCGCGCGGAGAUUUUGA